AUGGUGUUUGAAAAACUGCGUUCAGCAGGGGCUUUGCUUUGGAGAAUAUUUGUCAUGAUUCUGCAUGACGUGUUCCGAAAGAUUGUGCCGGCACCAAAGAAGAAUAUUUCUAGUGACAUUAUUUUAAUCACCGGUGGAGGUAGGGGAAUCGGGAGACGGCUUGCUCUUCACUUUGCUAAAUUCCACCCCAAACAUAUUAUCUUAUGGGGGCGGACACAAAAAACUCUUGCUCAGACUGCCAGGGAUGUACAAGAUGAGGGUGUCAACUGUGCGUACAUGGUGUGUGAUGUCAGUGCCAGGGAGCAGGUCUAUUCUUUG